AUGCAGGGCAACACAAAAAGAAACCAAAGUGUCAUCUCCCAGUUCCUCCUCCUGGGCCUGCCCAUCCCCCUGGAGCACCAGCACCUGUUCUAUGUCCUGUUCCUGGCCAUGUACCUCACCACCAUCCUGGGGAACCUCAUCAUCAUUGUCCUCAUUCAACUGGACUCCCAUCUCCACACACCCAUGUAUUCAUUUCUCAGCAACUUGUCCUUCUCUGACCUCUGCUUCUCCUCUGUCACAAUGCCCAAAUUGCUGCAGAACAUGCAGAGCCAAGUCCCCUCUAUCCCUUAUGCAGGUUGUCUGACACAAAUGUACUUUUUCCUAUUUUUUGCGGACCUUGAGAGCUUCCUCCUAGUGGCCAUGGCCUAUGACCGCUAUGUGGCCAUCUGCUUCCCCCUUCAUUACACCAGCAUCAUGAGUCCUAAGCUCUGUGUGAGUCUGGUGUUGCUGUCCUGGGUGCUGACCACAUUCCAUGCCAUGUUGCACACCCUACUUAUGGCCAGAUUGUCAUUCUGUGAGGACAAUGUGAUUCCUCACUUUUUCUGUGACAUGUCUGCUCUACUGAAGCUGUCUUGCUCUGACAAUGUUAAUGAACUGGUGAUAUUUAUCACUGGAGGCAUCAUUCUUGUCAUUCCGUUUGUGCUCAUCAUUGUGUCCUAUGCACGAAUUGUCUCCUCCAUUCUCAAGGUUCCUUCUGCUCGAGGUAUCCGAAAAGUCUUCUCCACCUGUGGUUCACACCUGUCUGUGGUCUCACUGUUCUAUGGGACAGUUAUUGGUUUGUACUUAUGUCCGUCUGCUAAUAAUUCUACUGUGAAGGAUACUGUCAUGGCUAUGAUGUACACAGUGGUGACUCCCAUGCUGAAUCCCUUCAUCUACAGCCUGAGGAAUAGAGACAUGAAGGGGGCUCUGGUUAGAGUCCUUUGCAAGAAGAAAAUUCUCUUCUGUCUAUGA